AUGAAUAAUAGUUCAAAAAUAUUAAAACCAAAAGGAAAAACUUUAAAAAAUAAUUUAGGAGAAAACGAAAAGGCAAAUUCUAACAUUGUAGAUAAUGAAAAUAGAAAUGCAAGUGACAUUCAUGAAAAUUAUAUAGAGAACAAUAAAAAUAAAAAUGAUAUGAUAAAAGAACAUAGAAAAAAUUCUCGUAGUUUUAGAUUUUUAAUUGAACAUAUAGAUUUUAGACUCUUUUGUGAAAAAAAAGAAAAAAUUGAUAAUAUAGAAAAUAAAGAAAAAACACCAACUUCAAAAAUAUUAAAUUUCAUUGGAAGAACUUACGAUUUUUUAAAAAAAAAAAAUUUUAACUCAAAAUAUUUAAAAAAAUUAGAAAAUUCACAAUAUUUUGAAAAAAUAUUGUGGCCAUAUUAUAAUAUGUAUGAUGAUUUUUAUAUUUUAGAUAAUAAUAGUGUUUUUUUUUGUUAUGAUGAAUCAAAUAAAAAGAUAAGUGUAUAUAUAAAACAUAUAUUGUCGUUAAUUGUUUUUAUUUGUUACAAAUAUGAAGAAAAGGGAAAAUAUGAAAUAUGGGAUCAAAUAAUAUACAACAAGAUAGAUGAAUUUGAAAAGUUAGUAGAAAUUGAAAACAACAAUUAUUCAGAAGAAGAAAAUAGCGAAAUAAAUGAGAGAAACAAUUUGUAUAAAGAAUUUCUCAUAGAAAAAUUUAAUAGUUUAUUUUUUAACACGCUUAAAUUAAUUAAUUAUAAUUUUAUUUUAAAUGAAUUUAUAAAUAGCUAUAAUAUAAAAGAUGUAAAUUUGUAUAAAAAGCUAAUAAAUCAUAGAAAAAGAUUAUUUAAAUUAAAUUUCUUAGAGAAAUCUUUUGUUGUUCAAUUUUUUAUAAAUGUAUAUUCAAGCAUAGAUAAAAAAUUUCUAUUCAAAUUGUGUUUAGAUUUGUGUAAUCCUUUAAUAUGGAAUCAUGUUAAUUACAGUUAUUUAAAUAAUUUUCUUUUUAAAAAAAAUAAAGAAUCUAAAACACUUUUCACAAACAUUUUAAAAAAUAUUGAAAAAAAAUAUUUAAAUUACGAAAGUUUUAAUUCCUUAAAAAUUUACACUUGUAAUACCACCAUAUGUAAUGAUAAUUCAAAAGUUGAAUUAAAUGAAAAUUCAGAAUGCAAAAAAAAUAAGAAAUGUAUUAGAAAAAUAGAGUUUCAUGAAAAUAUAAUUUUAUUUAUAAAUAAAAAUGAUUUUUUUUAUAACCUAAUAAAUUAUUUUUUAUUAGUUUUAGAUAAUUUAGAGGGAAAAUAUGAGGAAUAUGAUGAAAUAGAUAGCUCUUCUCUUUCUUCAUUUAGUGAAGAUGAAUUUGAAAACGUUAAUAUGGAUAACUUCAAUAGUGAUAUUGAUAUUUUUAAUGAUAAAGUAAGUUCAUUCUUAGAAAAACUGAAAUUUGAUAACGAAAAAUUUGAAGAUAAUUAUGUUUCUUUUGAUGAAAAUAAACAUAUAGACAAUAAAAAUAAUACAGAAGAAAUUACACAUCUAAAUGAUGACAAUAUUAAUGAUGAAAAUAAUAUUAAUGAAUAUGAAAACAUGAAUAAAGGUGAAUUUUUUUAUGAAGAUGGAAUUUUUGAGAAAAAUGAUAAUGAUAUUGAAUGUGAACAAAAUAAUAUGAAUUAUAUUAAUAACAAUGAUAAUUACGAUGAGAUUUGUUUUGAUGAUUAUUUAAAAUAUUCUUUUAAUGAAGAAGAAAUGCAAAAUAAAUAUAUAGGUCAUAAUGAAUAUAAAAAAGAAGAAAUUUUAAAUAUUUUUUCACUAUAUGAAAAUAAAUUAAUGCAUAAAAAUCCUAAGCUGGUUUUAAAACGAAAAAAAGGAAAAUAUUGCAACAAAAAUAUUAAGUUUAUUAUUUUAUUUAUUGAAAAAUGUGUAGAAUUUUUUAUUGAUUUGUUAAGUCAACUUUAUUCAAGAAGGAUAUUAUAUAUAUUUAUAAAAUAUUUUAAUGUACAUAUUUAUUGUAAAAUUUCUAGUUUAAAUAAAAAAAGAAAAUUCAAAGAAUUAAUAAAAUUACUAAUGUAUUUCAUCGAAAUGUAUAUAGAUAAUUUUUCAGGGAAUUCAUUAAGUUAUUUAGAUGUAAAUAAUGAUCAUUAUAAAAAUUUUGAAUAUUUUCAAACAUUUUGCUAUAAAUAUUUUAAGGAUCAUAAAAUAUUAAAAAAUUAUUACUUAAAAUCAGUUUUUAUAAUGGACAAAAAAAGUGAAAUGCUUGAGAAUUUUUCAAAAUUAGAAAAAAAAGAAUUAUUAUUUUUGUGUGAAAAUUUAAAAUAUAUGAUUUCUUCCGAAAAGAAGUUUGAGAAGGAACAAAAAAUACAUGAAGGAUCACAUAAUAAAAAAUAUAUUAGUCACAGUUUGUUUAAUAAUUUAAAUAUAUUUCAUAAAAAAAAAAAACUAUUUUACAUAGUUUUAUUAGUUGAAAAUUUAAGUUAUAAAAAUAAUAUAUUCGAAGACAUUAAUGAGCAGUGUGAAUAUCCAAAUGAAAAAGAUUUGUUUGAAAAUAUAUUAAUUGAUACCAAAGAUGAUUUAAAAAAAAAAAAAAUUUUCAUAUAUACAAAACCUUUGUUUAAAUUAAAUUUACAGUAUUUAUGUAUUAAUGACUACAUAUAUAGAAUAUACAAUUUAUUCAAAUUGCAAAGUUAUUAUGAUAUAAGAAAAAAUAUAAUUGAAUAUGUAUAUGAAACCAAUCCAAAAAAUAAAAAGGUAAACGAAAAUACUAUAUGCAACUAUGUUUUUGAAAUUGAUGAAAAUAGUGAUAACAAAGAAAUAAAUAGCAAAAAGAAAUUUGAAAGUACAAUAAAUAUGAAAUAUGUAAAUAAUGGAAAUUCUUUAAGAAAAAAAAGAAAACAAGAAACAUAUUUAGAAGAAGAAGAGAUGAAUAGCUAUGAUAAUUAUUCAAAUAGUAAUAUUGCAUAUAAUGAAUAUCAAUUAAAUUCAAUAAUAAAUGAUAUUAACAAAAUAGAAAAUACAUAUUUUGCAAAUGAGAGAAGAAUGAGCAAUAAAAUUGACUCAUUUAAAAUUGUAAAUGUUAAUAAUAGUAGUAAAAAGAUUGUGGCAGAAAUAGUUAUAGAUCUAAAAUAUAAACAUUAUGAAAAAGUUCAUCAUGAAUGGAAUAUGAUUAGACCCUCUGAUAUAUUGUUUUUAGUUUGUGUAAAAAAUUAUACCAACCAUUAUAGAAAUAAAUUAAAUCUUGUUAAUGAUAGUGACUUAAAAAAAUUACUAGGAAUUAAUUAUGUAAGGGGUUGCGAAGUAUUAAAAUAUUCAAAUUUUGUAGAAAAUAAUGAAGAAAUGAAUGAUGAAAAUAGUAACUUGAAGAAAAUUACAGUUUAUUUGGAUUAUUUACAGUACCAAAAAGAUAUUUUAAAUGACCCUGAAAUAUAUAGCUCAUUUAAUUUACUAAUAAGAAGAAAGCAGAAGGAAAACAAUUUUUUUUAUAUUUUGAAUAAUAUUAAAACAUUAAUUAUGAAUCCUGAUGAUGCAAUUAUACCACAGUGGGUGCAUGAUAUUUUUUUGGGUUACUGUGAUAAUUCAUUAAAAUAUUACCAAAAGACAUUGCCUCAUAAAAAUAUAUAUAAUGAAAGAAAUUCAGAUGAAGAAAGUUUGCAUAGUGAAAAUUUAGAUGAAAAUAAUUCAAAUGAAUACAAUUCAGAUGAAGAAAGUUCAUAUAGUGAAAGCUUAGAUGAAAGAAAUUCAAGUGAAGAAAAUUUAGAUGAAGAAAGCUUAGAUAAAAGAGAUUUAAAUAAACGAAUUUCUGAUAAAUCAAAUUCGAUGAAAAUAUUAGAGAAAAAAAUUACAUAUAAUAAAUCUAAUUUAAAUUUCAUAAAAAAUAAUAUUGAGGACAUUAAUUAUUUAAAUACUUUUUUAAACAUUAAACACAUACUUAAAACUACUAAUGUCGCAUAUAUAUGUUUAGAUGCCUCAUACAUCAAUGUGAUAAAUGAUAGUAAAAUUGAUGUAAAGAACUUAUUAAAUGAAUAUAUAGAACCUUUAUUCUUAAGUUAUAUUCCUAUAAAAUAUCAAGAUGAAAAAAAAUGUCUUGAAAAAAGUGAGUUACAAAACAAUAUACUUGAAAGUUUAUUUUAUCAUAUAUGCAUAAUUAACAAGUACAAAAUUAAUAACAUGGAUUUCAUUUCAAAUUUAUUAUCAAAUAUCAAGGUUGUUUAUCAAUAUGAAAAUUUUUUUAUUUUUCAUUUUGAAUAUAAAUAUAAAAAAUACUUUUUAAUUCUAAAUAAUUAUUUGAAUAAAAAAGAAUAUCAAAGAAAUGGAGAAAAAAAAAGUUCAGAAAAUAGCAAUAUUCAUAAAAAUAUAUUAACUAAUAAAAAUGAAAAAAAUGAAAAUGAAUUAGGUGACAAUAUGGUUAAUUAUGUAGAACAGCCGAAUUCCCAAGAAGUUACCGUAAUUAGUGACUAUAAUAAUAUAAAAAAUAUUUUUGAGAAAAAUAUAGAAGAUUGUAUUAAUCAUUUAAGAACAAAAAAUGGUAUAUAUAGAAUACAAAAUAAAAUAUAUGAUGAUCCAAAUUAUCCAUUAGAAGGGCUAUUAGUUCAUACAAAAGAAAAAAAUAGCACUAAUAUUGAUUUUUUCAAUAAAAUUUAUGAAAAAAAACAAAUACAAAAAAAAAAAAUACAAUACACAGAAAGACAAGUAGAGUGCAUAAAAAGUGGUUUGUAUGAAGGUUUUACUAUUAUUGAGGGUGUUCCUGGUAGUGGGAAAACGAGUAUUUUAAAUAAAAUUAUCAAUAUAUUAUUUAAUAAUAAAAAAAAAGAAAAAAUUCUUAUUUGUACACACAGCAAUAGUUGUUUAAAUUACAUUUUUAAUCUGCUUGUCAAAGAAAACUUUAUUCAUCAAAAAUAUUUAUGUCGUGUAGGAAUGGGAGAAUUAGACAUUGAAAACUUAAAAAUUCAGUUUGAGGAAAUAGAGAAGAAUUUAAGUCAGAAUAACAGUGAAGACUAUUUUAAUAUGAAUGAAGAAAAUAAUACUAUUAAUGAUGAAGAUGAAAAUUUUAAUUUUUCAAAAUACGGGAGAAUAAAUUAUAUGAUUGACUUAAGAAAAAAAUUAUUAAAUGAAGUAAAUUUACUAUCAGAAUCAAUUAAUAACCAAAAAAUAUACAAUUGUUUAUAUGCUAACCAAUAUUAUGAAAGUAACAUAAAAAAACGCAUUACAACAUUUUUUAAAUAUAUUGAUAUUUUUAAAAAAAGUGAGAAUAUUAAUAAUUUUUUUACAUUAUAUAUGUCAUCAUCUAUUGAUGAUUAUGAUUUAUACAACUUAUUUUUAUGCCCAAAAAUAUAUUUAAAGGAAUUUUCAAAUAUUAAUGAUAUUAUUUUGGAAAACAAUCCUACAGAGCACAAUGAUAAGAAAAUACAAAAAUUAAAAUUGUUAGAUGAAGAUAAAUCAUAUUUUUAUUUAAUACAUCCUGAAGAUCAAUUGAAAGUAUUAAAUUUGAGUAUAUAUAAUAUUUUAUUUCCUUUUAAAAAAUAUAUGAAUUUGAAGUUAGAAAAAAUAAAUAUUUCACAAUAUUUAGAUUAUAAAAACAGUUUUUCUGAUAAAAAUGUCGAUUCAAAGUAUUCUGAAAAUUUAGUAGAGCAUACAGAAAAAAAUUUAAAUGAAAAUGAAAAGGAAAAUAACAAAGAAAAAGAAAUUAAAAGGAACAUCAUUAUUAAAGAGAAUCUCAAAAACGAAGAUGAAAAUAAAAGAAAAGUGAGUGAAAAUGUUCUGGUUGAGAAGAAUACAAAAAAAGAUAUUCUAACAAAUUUCAAAGAAUCAAAAGCAGAAAAAGAUGAAGAAAUUUAUGAAAAUGAUUAUGACAAUUUUAAUGAAGAUGCAAAUGAUAUAAUAUUUAAAAACAAUUCAGAUGAUUUUGAUAUAUGUAAAUAUUAUUUAAGAAAACUGAUAAAAUACUUUGAGCAUUUAAAAGAUUGUAGAGCAUUCGAAGUUUUAAAAAAUCAAAGAGAAAGAGGAGUAUAUAUAAUAGCGAAGUUGGCAAGGGUUAUUGCAUUAACAUGCACACAUGCAAGCAUAAAUAGAAGUAAAAUAGCAAAAUUGCAGUUUUAUUUCGAUAAUAUUAUUAUAGAUGAAUGUACACAAAUUACUGAGAACGAUACAUUUUUACCAUUAUUACUUCAAGAAAAUAGAUAUCAUAAAAGUAAAUUAAAAAGAAUCAUUUUUGUUGGAGAUUCAAACCAACUACCUCCCAUUAUAAAAAAUAAAUAUAUAAAAAAUUUUUCUAAUUAUGAGCAAUCUUUAUAUAAAAGGUUUUUAAGAUUAGAAAUACCUUCCAUUUACUUAAAUGAACAAGGGAGAAUGCGGAAUGAAUUGUGUAAUAUUUAUAAAUUCUUCUAUAGUAAAUAUAAUAUACAAAUAGAAAAUUUAGAGUGUGUAUAUAAAGAAAAAUUUUUAAAAAGUUUUAAUCCAGGUUUUACAUACACUUAUCAAUUUAUACAUGUUGAAUCACAAGAAUAUACACCGAUACCAUAUUUUUAUCAAAAUUUAUUAGAAGCUGAAAUGGCUGUUGCUAUUUUUAUGUAUAUGAGAUUAAUAGGAUAUUCUAGUGAUGUAAUAACCAUCCUAACAACUUAUAACGGUCAAAAGGAAUUAAUAUUAGAUAUUCUAAAAAAAAAAUGUUUAUAUAAUAAAUUAAUAGGAAUGCCUAAAAAAGUUACAACAGUUGAUAAAUAUCAAGGAAAACAAAACGAUUAUAUAAUAAUAUCUUUAGUUAGAUCAAAAAGUAUUGGUUAUUUGAAAAACAUUAAAAGGUUGAUUGUUGCAUUUUCAAGAGCAAGGUUUGGUUUAUAUGUAGUUGGUAAUUAUAAUUUGUACAAGAAGAAUUAUGAAUUUAAAAAACCAUUGUAUUUUUUUAAAAAGAAUAAAUUAGAGUUAUCAUUACAAAUGAAUGAGCAUUUUAAUACAACAGAGAGGAAAAAUAACUUGCCUGUUAUUAUAAAAGAUGUAAAUCACUUUUAUACCAUUUUGUAUUCUUUAUCAAAAGCUUAUUUACAAGAUAAAAACUAA